GUCUGUGGUUUCAUCCAAGUACAGUUUGCAAAUGGCGAGCCCGAGAGGCUUGGCCUUCCUGAGGAUACAGAGGGAUACUCUCAGAAGUUGUUCGUCGGCAAUAUCCCGCCGUCCACGACUGAUGAGGAGCUCAAGCUGAUGUUCUCGAGGUAUGGUAAUGUCACUGAAGCUUACGGUUUGGAAUCUAAACGGGCCAGUGGAAAUAAGGCGGCUUUUGUGAGAUAUUCGAAGAAAUCAGACGCUGUUAAGGCCAUAGAAGCUCUCAAUGAGAAGUAUACCUUCCCUGGUGAGCCUCAUCCCAUCACAGUUAAAUGUGCUGAUACCAGAGAGCAGAGGUGGGGGAG